GUCUCCAGACAGUGGGAAUAUUCAGAGUUGGAAGUUCAAAAAAGAGAGUAAGGCAGUUGCGUGAAGAGUUUGACCGGGGCAUAGAUGUUGUGUUAGACGAAGAACACAGCAUUCAUGAUGUUGCUGCUUUGUUAAAGGAAUUUCUACGUGACAUGCCUGACCCACUUCUCACCAGAGAACUUUACACACCUUUCAUCAACACUCUCUUAUUAGAGCCAGAUGAACAGCUAAGCACCUUACAGCUUCUCAUUUAUCUCCUACCUCCCUGUAACUGCGAUACCCUACACCGACUGCUGCAGUUCCUCUCCACCGUGGCUGGCCACGCAGAAGACACCACAGACAAAGAUGGCCAAGAAGUUACUGGGAACAAAAUGACAUCACUUAACCUGGCUACUAUCUUUGGCCCUAACCUGUUGCACAAGCAGAAAUCUACAGACAAAGAAUUCACAGUUCAGAGUUCAGCUCGAGCUGAAGAGAGUACUGCUAUCAUAGCUGUUGUACAAAAGAUGAUUGAAAACUAUGAAGCCCUUUUUAUGGUUUCCCCUGAUCUACAGAACGAGGUGCUUAUUAGCCUAUUAGAGACUGACCCAGAUGUUGUGGACUAUUUGUUGAGGAGGAAAGCUUCCCAGUCAUCAAGCCCUGAGAUGCUGCGGUCAGAAGGUUCCUACUCCACGGGAGAAAGGCACUCUUCCACAGACUCCAACAAAGCUUCAAGCGGAGAUGUCUCCCCGUAUGACAACAACUCCCCCGUACUGUCUGAGCGCUCGCUGAUGGCAGCACAAGAAGAAGUUGCACACAGCCCAGAUAAGCCGUACAGAGCACAGGAACAGUACGCACUGGGUGCUCAUUUGCAGCCUAAAACAAAGGAGAAUUCUUCUGCAUCACAGGCUGGAAAAGAUGUCUCAGAAGAUCAUUUUGAUAUCUGGGGAACCUGGCAUUCAACGCUGAAAAGUGGCUGCAAAGACACAGGCAUUGCAGGUUCUUACGGAAACAUUUACGAAAGCAGCUUGCUGCGGCCUGGACAGUGCUCUCUUUCACAAGGGAACCUCUCCAUAUAUUCUCCUCGGUGGCAGGGCAGCUCCUCCGAACUGGAUCAUGGCAGGCAAGUCAUGCGCAGGAGUCAGACAACUGCCGCCAUUCCCGAGUGCCAGCUCCAGCCUGCCAUGUCUCGGGUAUGCAGUAACCCGCACAUCGAAGCCGGAGGAAGGUGUUUGGACCAGUCACGCUCCAAGUCGGAGCGGCACUUGACUUUAAGCAGUGUGGAGGACCUCACUGAGCAUGACUCGCACGCAGGUUGCUCGCAGAGCACGGCUAAGCCCUCCUACAGCAAAGAGAGGCCACCCCCUCCGUACCCUGGGCAGCCCAAAGCAAGCUCUGCGUUGUCGCAGCGAUCGAGCGUUUCUUCACCGUUGCACUCUUUGUGGAGACUUCAGCGCCAUGACAAAAGUGCAGGGACCAGAGCAGCUGGAGGGCCUGUGGCCAAAGCCCCUGAGCAGGCCGUCUCCAAGCAGGAGCGCCCGGCCCCGCACACCCAAGCAGGUCACAUCUAUUCAACGGCGGCUCGCAGUCAGAACAGUAAAAAUGUUUCAGAGCCAGACUGGCACGAUUGGCAAAGAGAGAGGUGGCAAAUUUGGGAGCUUUUAUCAGCUGAUAACCCUGAUGCCCUCCCAGAGACCCUUGUAUGAUCAGACUCCACGGAACUGCCGCUCGCACCUUUGCUCCCUCUCAUAGGAAAACAAUGAUGAUAUUGGAAAACUGGGGGGUGCUUGUUCAUUUUCUACCGAAUAAGUUACAUAUAAUUUUUUAAAAUCUCGUUCACUUUAAUUUCCUAACAGCACUGGCAAGCAGUCUAUUUACAAAUACAGUAUGUUCCUGUUUUUCAGCAAGCUUGUGAGAAAAGAAGAAGAUGGAAAUGUUAGUCCGAUAACCCUGUAUGCAUACAUACGCUGUUUAUAAGAUAAAACUGUUGCUUUGAUGUGGCUAAAAUGUAUUUAUAUAUCUGCAGUUUGAUGAUUGUAUAUUCUGUAAUGGGUAUUGUAUGAUAAUCAUAUAUUAUGUUUUCAUAUACAGAUGUCAAUCGACCGUGACUGCUUUUACAAAAAAUCACUGCACUUACAUUACCGUCAUACGCAUUGGAGUUCUAUAGGAAGUGCACAAGCUGGUUUCUGUGCUUGGGAAAAAAACCUAAAGGGGAACGUUGUCCUUCUUUUCACUGCCUAUUGAAAAACACUAGAAUAGAGUGGAACAUGAAAAGCCAUAUAUUUUAUAAGGGUAGUAGUGACUGGGAGGGGGGGAAUACCAAAUAUUUUUUUUCUUAUAAAUAUAUUUGCAAACAAAAUUAGAAUUUGAUACAAGGUAAGUGUUAAAAAUAUUUUUUAUUAGAUUCUUGGAGGAAGUGGUUUGGGGAAUCAAAUAAGAACAAGGCCGUGCCUAAACCAAUGAAAGAUGUAGCACAAAGGUCUGCCCUACCUGUCUAGAGGAAAAACAAUGUUAUGUAUACAGGAUAUAAUAUAUAUAUUUAUAAAUGUAUGACUUUAUAUAUUGUUCUAAAACAAUGAACUGGAAUCGAAAUUUUAGAAAACCAAUCCCAAUAAGUUGAGUUGUGUAAUGGUAGAGAAAGAAUAUGGCUUUUCCUUUAAAAUAACAAGGCUUCAUUGUGAAGAAAGUUAGACAAAGCAGAAAUAGAGACGGAGAUAUUUGCAAAAGGGGGUCACACUGAAUUUUGGAAGUGAAUAUGAGAAGUUCACAGCUGUGUUUCUAUAAAUAUUGUGCCAAAGCCUGGGUCAUUAGUACUUCUUUGAUAACUGUAUGUUGCGUUGUCAAAUGUCAAUGUUUUCAAAUUGCAAAAGCAUUUCUGGCCAGCAGGUGGCAAUGUACUUCAGUAUUCUAGAGGAAAUUCUAUUAUCACUUGAUAAGGGAAAGUGUAUCAUAUCAAAAGAAUUUUAUAAAACUUAUUAGUCUUAAUGACGUUGAAGACGUAUUCAGUGAUGUUGUCUUUAAGUUCUAUCUUGUGCCAUAACGAUGGAAUAAAAGGCUGAACAAAACAAUGAGCAUAUUUUUGCUCUUUCCUUUUUUGUUUUGAAGUAAAGUUUGUGUAAAAAUUGAUGUGUUUUUAUUGUAUUCCAGUGUCUCUGCCAAAAACAUCUAAAAGGCUAAGGGCACUUAAAGAUCACUUUCAUUAAUGACUUAAACCCCAGGUUUUACCUAUGUUCUAGGCUUAAAAUCCAUCCUACAGGGAGCCUACCCGUUGCCAUAUUCCCAAGUGAAGUGAUAACGGCACCAAUCCAGGUAUAAAGGGGAGGAUUUUGCCUCUGGCUGUCACUGUGCUGUCUCACUGGCUGACUCUUUUAUAGGAAUAUGGAACAGUGUUCAGAAUGUAUCUCAGCUCUGUCCCUUGAUGCUAGAGUUGAUAGGAAAAGAUUCUUGUGUGUAGCUUGUUGCAGCACCUCUAUGACAAUUUAUUACCAAAAGAAAAAAAAAGGAAAAAAUAGAGUUAUCUAAGUUUAAAAGAUAAGUAGUGGAAUAGAAGCAAGGACAAUAAAAGAGUUCUCACAAGCAAUUGUCAUCAUUUGAUCUUGCCUCAGUAUUGUCCCAGGUUUGAUGCAUACUUGCUACAGAGAAUUAAUGCUCCCUAGCAGUUCUAAAAAACAGGCAUUGUGCAAACCCUGCUGUAGAAGAUGCACUUCAUUUUAAUUCCCUUUCUACAUAUAGCAGCAUCUGCACAUUUCUAUCACUUUUAGCAAAUUGUCUAAUGGCUACCUAGCUUCAUAAAAAGAUUCCUAUUUGCCAGUGCCUCUCUCUAUGUAGAUGUGUACAUAGGUAUAUAUUAGCAUCUAUUUGGUAUAUAUGCAAAAACGGGGAAAAAAAAGCAAACCACUGCCGAAGGACAAUGCGUCUGCCCACAUUUCAGUAUACAAUUGCAUGGAAGAAAUCAUACAGAAUAAAUUCUGAUGAUUUAAAAAUAA